AUGGCGUCUCAAUACGGAUCUAAUGAUGGUGCCGAAGCUUCGAGGAACCGAUCAACUAUCUCAAGGAGCAGUGAGACUCCAACCCAGCAGGACGACGCCGAGAUGAAGAAGGCCAGGAAAAGGGAGCAGGACCGACUUUGCCAACGACGGAAGAGAGAAAAGGACCGCGAAAACCUGCGACGACUCGAAGCUCGAUUGAAUGGAUUGCAGAACCCUGAUGAACCCAAAGUCGUGCUUGACCUGAUUCUACGUCACGAACAAGACCAGGAGAGAUUGAACCGUCAAGCGGAAAGACUGCGUCAGAUCGAAUCUCUGAUCCGCACUUCUCUGAGCGACAUUGGGAAUGAAAUCACUUCUUCAUCGACGCCGAAUGAUAGCGUUGUUGAUGCAAAGCCCGAUGUCAAAGAGACUACCAGCUUGCCGACGGCAGGCAUCCCUACGACCGGGGUGCCAAUGUACACGUCUGUGCAGGGCGCACCUAUGCCGACAGCUACAGCGACUUCAAUGAUCAUGCCCGUCAACAACCCUGCCCUGUUGGCAUCUCAAUACCCGAUGACGAUUCCUCUCAACAUGCCUUCCCAAUCACAACCGAUCAUGCCGCCAUCAUCGCCUCCGAACCAACAAAUCAGCACGAUUACAGAUGCCAUGUCUGCGGUGCCAGGCGUAGCAGCGGCUUACACAGAUGAAGCGUUCGAUCAGCAUAUCAUUGUCAUGGUUCUGAUACACGGCUGGGACGCUGUUGCUGCAUACAUGCAGCUCGAUCCGCUGUGGUCUCUCUUACGCCAGAUUGAUGGAAGUGCCUGCUCACAAUGGGGAAAAGUGGACCGCAUGGUAGGGAUGCUCUCCUUCCGCCGUAUGAUGAAGGGCAUGGCCAUGGGUCCACAAGCAAUGGCUUCUAUAGAACCAAAGUUCAUGCGACCACGCCCGUCUCAGCUACACCGUUUCGUCUUCGAAGGCCCCAAGUACGACAACGAUACCUUCCUCAAUCUCUUCAACUCCAGCACGCGCUUCAUGUGGAACGCGGAUUUCGCGAGCGCUUUUGUUCAGAACGACAAGCAACUCUUCCAAUUCUCAGACGAGUUGUUCAGGCGCUUCUGCAAUCUGAGCUGCUGGCGCAUCGAUGCAGCCUUCAUUGCCACAUACCCAGAGUUCGCCGGCGACAUACCCACAUACAACUCGCCUUACGAAGGAGAGUUCGUCUUCGGCAGUGAACUCGACGAUGGUGUCAUACACAACGGUCCUGGUGCCGCCACUGCAGCCGGAGGACAAUGGAUCUACGACCAAGGAAGAUGGUACAUUGCAGGAGCUGUGAGAUGA